UCAAAUUUAUAUGUUGAUGGCACCAUUUAAUUUCAGAUGCUUCUUUUAUGUCAAUAUCUCAAUUGCAGUUGGUUUAAAAGACUAUGGACCGCCUCAAAUCUAGGAUACCUAGGAUACCAUAUGACCAGAUGUUCCCUUACUUGAUUUACAAUCGCCCAGACAAAGCCAGUGAACUUCAAGCAUUAUUCGACAAAUAUAAGAGAGAUGAAAUACCAGAGUGUGAUUUUUUAAGGCUUUUGCUAGAGAUUGUGGGGGAUAAUCAACUAGUUUUAUCAGCAGCAAUACAGAUGAAAAAGAAAAGAAUUCUACCUGUCACAGUCAAUGAUCAGUCUAGAACCCAACUCAAUUUUACGAUGCCUGUGGUGUCAUAUGACCAGAUGUUCCUUUUCUUGUUUCCCAAAAUUCACAAAGACAAAGCCGAUGAAAUUCAAGCUUUAUUCAACAAAUAUAAGAGAGGUGAAAUACCCGAGUUUGAUUUUGUAUCGCUUAUGAAAGGCAUUGCGGGAGAGGAGAAGCUUAGAUCAGCAGAAGCAAAACUGAAACAAUGGGUAGGUCGAGUAGAUGGUUUAUUCAGUGUUGCUAAUGAUUUUUCUAUAAGACAGUUGAAUAUUCAUUUCAUGUUUAUGUUAUGA